UUGUGACAUUCUCGAGAAACAUCGAAAUAUCCAAUUUUAUAUGCAUGUUAUAGAACCCUCAUCGAAAGUCGAUGACAGGAAAAUUUCCCGAAAAGUCCGAAAUGUAUGCUAAAAGUCUAUGAUUGUAACCUACCGUUACUUGACUGACACGUCGACCCUGUGUCUGACUCCAAUUUUAAGUGCCAUUUAAAAAGUUGUUAGCUUUCGAUUCUCAAAUUUUACCGCAUGACAAACACCUUCAACUAUUUGGCUGUGGUAUUUUGUGAGGUGGUCUUUCUAGAAGGGUUUAUUUAAUACAAAACCAUAGUUACUGAGCAGCAUGUUCUCUCCUGGCUCCAGGUAUCAACAGGUCUUACAUACUCCAAUCCAAGCAAUGCCGCAGGAAUUUAGAAUUUCCUAACACCAGAUCUUAAUGAGCUUUGUUCCGUGGUACGUUCUGACGUUCUGUUCGUAUUACGAUUGUGUCCCUUUUGGGAACCAUUUCUUAUUGUUGCUGACACACAUUUCUAUUCAAUUCUUUUUUGUAGAAUUUGGCUUACGUUCUAUUAAUAAACAUUGAACAGCAAUUUAGAAAUUGUUUAAAAAUUAAGAGAAAGUUAAGGUUGAUAAACGAAAACCUCCGUAUUAUCCAGAACUUCUAAUUAACCUGGUGGCGCACGAUACUUUGCUAGUGCCGACAUUUAGCUUAGCCAGUUUAAGUCAACUACUUUCUAAUGCGUUGCUUGCGUUUAUAGAGUAUCGUUAUAUCGUUUAGUUGGAAGAGAUAAACUCAGGCCGACAACCAUGUCGGUCACAACCUCUACCUCCACCCUCAACGCCCGGCGGUCGUCGUUCGCACCGCCAGACAUGUCCAAUGUACAGUUCCAGCACCGCCAGUCGGUUAAUCAGCACUAUGCCAGAGCCUUCAGCUUACCUAAUGGUACCCUACCAAGCUCCUCGAUGGCGGCGGCGCCGGGUUUGCUUGCACCACGAGCACCGACACCCACUGCCGAGGAGAAUGAGGGCAAGACUGUCGCUAACGGGCUUACGGAUCAGAAAGUUAUAAAGAUUAACGUCUCAGGUUACAAGUUUUACACAUAUCUGUCGACAUUGACAAACUAUCCAGAUACCCUACUUGGAAGCACUGAUAGGGAAUGUCAUUUCAACAAGGAUAUUAACUGCUACUUUUUCGACAGAAACAGAAAAGCUUUUGAAGCGAUCCUCAACUUUUACAGAACCGGCCAUCUUCAGUGUCCAAACUCUGUGGAAAUAAAAGAUUUUGAAAAUGAGCUCGAGUUUUUUCGGAUCACAGCCAGAAACAACGAAGAGAACGCGCCCGCCAAGCGGAAACCACCACGACACAAGGGCUGGCCCCGAUGGCAGCGGAAAAUAUAUUAUGUGGUAGCAGAGCCCGGCGAAGACAUCAGAUCCCGAAUCUGGGCUUUCGUGGACACAUUUUUCAUAUUAUGUUCAAUCAUUCUGUUUAUUGCGGAAACCGAACCCUAUUUCAAAGAAAGGAUUGCCGAGAAGAACUCAACAUGGUAUUACGUGUUCUUCUGGGGGGAUGCCGGAUGUGUCUUGUUCUUCUCCGCGGACUUUUUAAUCCGAUUGGUAGUGUGGCCCGGUAAACUCGGUUUCGUAAAGUCAGUGUUGAACUGGUUAGACUUUUUAGCGAUCCUUCCAUUCUUUAUCAUGAUCAUAACAGAAUAUAUGAUCAGUGGAGACCCAAAUAACCCUGACGCAGCGGAUGGAAGUAAAGGCCAAUUUGUGGCUUUGAAGGUGCUAAGAUUAAUGAGGGUAAUCAGAUUACUGAAACUCGCAAGGCACAGUGACCAGCUGAUGAUCAUUGUCAAUGUUCUCAAGAAAAGUUUGAACGAGUUAAGCAUACUGGUCCUGUUAUGGAUGAUUGGUAUAGUGACGUUCGGCUCGAUAAUCUACUACGCGGAUAAUAACGAGGAAGUUAGUGAAGAAGAUGGCGAGGUACAAUCAGAACUGAAAUCUAUUAUGAUGGGCUGCUGGUGGGCGGUUGUAACAAUGUCAACAGUUGGUUACGGCGAUAUAGUUCCAAAGACUGGUGCCGGUAAAGUUCUCGGCUCUGUCGUCGUGUUCCUGUCCAUGAUAUUCCUCGCCUUGCCAAUGACAAUUAUCGUGAGCAAGUUCAGUUCCUGCUACGACGAUCUCAAGUACCAGGACGAGGACGAUCGUUACUACGAGUCGUCCGAUGAGGAGGACGAGGAAGAUCCAGCAGAGUUCCCCAAUCACAAGGCCUGAGGCAAAGGACAACCAACCACCGGUUUGAUCUCAAAGCUAAUAUUUGGUCUGCCUGCGUUAUAUGCAAAGGGCCUUGCAGAUGGGUAUUGAUAGGUCAGUUGACUCACUGUUUCAGUGUAAGAAGGCAGAACAUGACAGCAGAUUUUACCGAGGGAACGUUUAAUGGUAAGAUUGAUGCUAAGACCGAAAAAAAGACGCAGACAUGUCUGAUAAGUUAUUGAUAAACCCUUUGUAUUUUGAAAUACGGGGCUGAUUUUAUCGUCAACAGAAAAAUUGUAACUUAAUAGCACAAGGUUCAGUUCCUUUUACGAAUUUUACGAUAGUUUUGUGCAUGUGUAUUACUUCACGCAGCGUGAGAGCUGAGAUGUUUUGAAAUUUUUUAUACAAAAAGCGCAGAGAUUGCGAUGUAAAUAGUUUGUGUACAAA